AUGUCUGACGCCGGAUCCAACGCUUCCAACGCCCCUGAGCAGGUCGAGCAGGUCGAGGUCGCCGACAACUCUGGCCCCAUGUCGGUCGAGCAGGCCCUCGAGGAGGUCGUCAAGACUGCCCUCUCCGCCAAGGCCCUCGACAAGCGCGAGGCUCACCUCUGUGUUCUCGUCGAGACCGUCACCGAGGCCGAGUACUCGAAGCUUAUCGAGGCCCUCUGCGCUGAGCACAACAUUCAGCUCAUCAAGGUCUCCGACGCCAAGGUUCUUGGCCAGUGGGCCGGUCUUUCCAAGAUCGACCGUGAGGGCAAGCCCCGCAAGGUCGUCGGCUGCUCGUGCGUCGUCAUCACCAACUACGGUGCCGAGACCGCUGGCCUCCAGGUCCUCCUCGACUACUUCAAGACCCGCUAA